AUGAAUUCCCAGAGUAGUACCCAAAAUGCAGAACCACAUGAUAUCGCAAUCCAGGCUGCUCAAUUGUUUGAUAAACCAGAGAUCAAAAGGGUUUUGAACUCGGAUGUAGCAAUCAAUGCCCUUUUAGCGCGCUUAAAACAGUCGUUAUUGACAUGUGAGGAGUUCACUAAAUUUAUACGCAAGAAAUACCUGUUUGAAGAAGAGCAUGUUGAAGAACUGAGCAAACAGUAUAAGCACUUUUUUGUGACAACCUCUGGCACCAAUUCAUCCCUGAAAGUCAAAAUUCAUGAUAUCUUGGAAUUUGAUGGGAAGUUAGCUCAAGUAAAGCAAAGCUAUGUAACUGCCUUACAGAAGAUGUGUGACGAGAUGAGUGCACUCUUACUUACCAUGACGAAAAUGAGAAAAACAGUUAAGGAAAAUAGCAGGAGGUUGGAAAAGGAGGUUUCUGAUGCCAUUCAUACUGCUGAAAAGGCACAAGCUCGUUAUGAUUCACUUUGUCAGGAUUGGGAUAAAUUGAGAAUGACAGAUCCAACAAAAACCAAACUUACGUUAAGAGGCUCAAAAACCACAAAAGAACAAGAAGAAGAACUUCUAAGAAAAAUUGAUACUGCUGAUCUCGAGUACAAACAAAGGGUGGACCAUUCGGACUCUUUGAGGAAUACUUUUAUAACAAAAGAGAGACCAAAAAUUGUUUUAGAACUGAAAGAUUUGAUUAUGGAAAUAGAUACAGCUAUGUCUAUUCAGUUACAAAAAUAUACUAUUUGGACUGAAAAUCUUAUCUUGAAUAGUGGUAUCACAGUGGCGCCAUUUGAAUCAACGAAAUCAAUGAAAUCUGUUGCAUUAUCAGUAACAAACGAAAUUGAUCUAUACAAUUACCUUAACAAAUACAACAGUACGGGCAAAACAACCAGUCUGGUGAACAAGAAUCUGAUUCCUGUCGCUUACAAAAAGCACCCUUCUAUGAUCAAAAACUCUUCAAAUGCUACAAGUAAAAUCUCUCCUUCCUAUGUGGUCAAUCCCGCAAAAAAUUCUAUUCCAAAAAGAAUUAUAUCAACACACAAUGAGUCACCCUUUUCAAGCUCUGCGAAUAGCGCGGCAACAACAGCAGCAGCAGGACAGUCAGCAAUAGCAAAUAAUAGUUCCUUCAAAGUGAAUCCAACCAGCAGUAAUAUUCCAACUUCUGGCAGCGACUAUAGCAGUUCAAAUACAGUAUACUCAAGCGACCCUAAUUACAAACAGCGAAUGCAAUCUGCUAAGGAGACUAUUCCCCUACCACAGCCUAACGCUGCCUCUAAGACGUUAGAUCCAGGAAAUUUCGCAGCAGCUAGAAUUCCUAGCCUAUCUACUACUGUUUCAACGUCGACACCUGAUUCUGAUAGGCCCCUAUCGCAUGUUCAAACAAAUAGUAUUAUGCCACCGGGAACCCAAAAUAAUUUCAAAACAUUUGGUGUGCCACUUGAGAAACUAGUUGAAUAUGAGCAAGAUAUGGUCCCUGCUAUAGUUCGACAGUGUAUUUAUGUCAUCGAUAAAUAUGGUCUUGACUUAGAGGGAGUUUACAGAAAAUCUGCUAACGUUCUGGACAUCAGCAAAUUGAAAGAGGAAAUUGAUAAGGACCCAAGUAACGUUUCAAUGAUCUUGCCUCCAAAAAAUUACGGAGACUCCGAUAUUUAUCUUGUCGGCUCUUUGCUGAAAGCUUUCUUUGCAGCACUUCCUGAAUCUCUACUUCCAGAAGAAAUUGGACAAGAAGUUAAAGCAUGUUUAUCUAUUGAUGAUGAAGCGACUCGGAAGAACUAUAUGCACGGGUUAAUUUAUAAACUCCCAGAUGCUCAGUACUGGACUCUUCGAGCUUUACUAUUUCAUUUAAAAAGAGUUGCCGAACAUGAGCCGCAAAAUAGAAUGAAUCUGAAAUCUUUAAAUAUAAUAUGGGGGCCCACGCUUGUUGCUCCUAACAGAGAUGAUCCAAAUGAUGUAAACUACCAAAUAAAGGCCAUGGAAAUACUGUUUGCUGUUGCUGACCAAGCUUUCGAGUCUGAAUGA